CGGCCACUGCAGCCAACUUAUCAACCUCAUUCUUUCCCUCGAUUGGUAUUUUGUGUUCUACAGCCGCUCUUUUGGAGCUAACUUCAGCUUUUGUUGAUGAAAAGCAAUUGUCAUGGCCUCUGAAAGAUACAGUUUUUCUUUAACAACUUUUAGUCCAUCGGGGAAACUGGUUCAGAUUGAAUAUGCAUUAGCUGCAGUUGCUGCCGGUGCUCCAAGCGUUGGAAUAAAAGCAUGUAAUGGAGUUGUUUUAGCAACAGAAAACAAACACAAAUCUAUUCUUUACGAUGAACAUAGUGUUAAUAAAGUAGAAAUGAUUACAAAGCACAUUGGUAUGGUGUACAGUGGAAUGGGACCAGAUUACCGAGUUCUAGUUAAGCAAGCACGAAAAAUGGCGCAGCAAUAUCUAUUAGUCUAUAAUGAACGUAUUCCUACUGCUCAGUUAGUUCAAAGAGUAGCAAUGCUCAUGCAAGAGUAUACUCAAUCAGGUGGUGUAAGACCUUUUGGAGUAUCUCUACUAAUUUGUGGAUGGGAUAAUGAUAAGCCUUCUCUUUUCCAAUGUGAUCCCUCAGGAGCUUAUUUUGCUUGGAGAGCAACUGCAAUGGGGAAAAAUUUCAUUAAUGGAAAAACAUUUUUAGAAAAAAGAUACAGUGAAGACUUAGAGUUAGAUGAUGCUGUUCAUACUGCUAUUUUGACUUUGAAAGAAGGUUUCGAAGGUCAGAUGACUGCUGAUAAUAUUGAAGUGGGCAUUUGUGAUGCCAACGGAUUCAGAAGACUUGAUCCAUCACAUGUUAAAGAUUAUUUGGCUAAUAUUCCAUAAAUAAGGUGUAUUUAAUAUUUUAUAUUCUGGUCUAGCCAGUUAUUUUCAUUUAUCAAGAAGUGUCGAGAGAUAUUAAUAAAUAAAUUUCUUCAUGACA